AGAAGGUAACCUCGCGUGAACGACAGAGUAUUGGACCAAGGAAUAUUUAGAAAUCAGCUGCGAAAUACGCGCGCAAUUUCAGGAGUGUCAACACUUUGCCCAAAAUUCUGCAACUUCGCUCAUAGCGGAAAAGUUUUGCAAUGCUCGUUCUAAAGACGAAAAGAUGGAAAAUUAUCAUACGGUGCUGAUCACAUGUAUAUCUUAUUUUAUCAGACCGUGGCAACUCCAUUCGCCUUGAAAAAGCUAGCUGAGCGAAUCGUCUGCGACGCUUCAGCUCAGUCGACAUUGUGCUCUGGCAUGCGUAAUGUGUGUGUGUGUGUGUUAGACGGUGUGUUUUUUUUUUAACAAAUUCUCUGUGCAAGAAGAUGCAAGUAAUGAGAUCGCUCGUUGAAAUGAAUAGAAAGGGAAACAAUUAUCACGAUGCAAUGGAGAAGUUUCCACUGAAGGGUACAGCAUCUCUGAAUUCUGCGAUCCCUCAUUCUAGUUCAAAUGCUAUCACAACAUAUCAUUCAGUUGAUGCUAAGAAUAUAAAGUAUGGUGACACCGCUAAUACAGAAGAUGUACGACUGCGAACUGGAUCUGUAAGACACGAGACGAAUUUAAGUAGCGACGACGACAUGUUGGACAUCAAUCAUCACACAUCUCAUCACACAGACAACAACAUCUUGUCGGAUUGUGUUCGCAUUGAUGAUGCAUCUUCCCACAUUUCAGUUGACUCUGACGAUAUACCCGGCAUCGGGCAGUAUGAUGACUUUCAUACUAUUGAUUGGCAACGAGAUAUUGCGCGGGAUCGUAUGCGACACCGAUAUAUCGUUAAGAAGAAACACGAUUCCAUCUGGGGCUUAAUAAAAGGAGCUCAUGAUGCGUGGUCCGGAUGGCUAUGCGUUUUACUGGUCGGACUGUUUACCGGUGUGGCCGCCGGUGUGAUAGAUAUUGGCGCUUCCUGGAUGACAGAUCUCAAAUUCGGUAUCUGUCCGCAAGCCUUCUGGCUGAAUAAAGAGCAAUGUUGUUGGAGUUUUAACGAGACCACGUUCGAUGGUGGCAAUUGUUCGCAGUGGUUGACGUGGCCUGAGAUGUUCAAUCAAUCAAAAGAGGGUGCGGGGCCGUACACAAUCUCGUACUUGUUUUACAUAGCGUGGGCCCUUUUGUUCGCGUCGCUUUCCGCGUCUCUGGUGCGAAUGUUUGCACCUUACGCCUGCGGCUCCGGAAUACCCGAAAUAAAAACGAUCUUGAGCGGUUUCAUCAUCCGCGGAUACCUAGGCAAAUGGACAUUGAUUAUCAAAUCGGUGGGCCUGAUUCUUUCCGUAUCAGCGGGUCUAAGCUUGGGGAAAGAAGGUCCUAUGGUACACAUUGCAUGCUGUAUAGGAAAUAUAUUUUCUUAUCUAUUUCCGAAGUACGGUAGGAACGAAGCGAAGAAGAGAGAAAUUCUGUCCGCCGCGGCUGCAGCUGGAGUUUCCGUCGCCUUCGGUGCUCCGAUCGGUGGCGUUUUGUUUAGCUUAGAAGAGGUCAGCUAUUACUUCCCGUUAAAAACUUUAUGGCGAUCGUUCUUCUGCGCCCUGAUAGCCGCCUUCGUGCUACGUUCCAUCAACCCAUUUGGAAAUGAACAUUCAGUCUUGUUUUACGUGGAAUACAAUAAACCCUGGAUAUUCUUCGAACUGAUUCCUUUUGUAAUGCUCGGAAUAAUUGGGGGCGUGAUAGCGACGUUAUUUAUCAAGGCAAACCUGUUCUGGUGCCGAUAUCGUAAAACUUCGAAAUUGGGCCAGUAUCCUGUCACCGAAGUGUUAAUUGUCACGGUAGUGACUGCGGUGAUUGGAUAUCCUAAUCCAUACACAAGGAUGAGCACCAGUCAACUAAUUUAUUUAUUGUUCAGCCAAUGCGGAGUGUCCAAUGUGGAUAUAUUAUGUGACUACAACAGAAACUUCACCGCUGUGAAAUCCGCGAUUGAGAUCGCCGCAGCCGGGCCGGGGGUUUACAAAGCCAUAUGGCUGCUCGUGUUGGCACUGAUACUGAAGCUCAUCAUGACGAUAUUCACGUUCGGCAUGAAAGUACCGUGCGGCCUGUUCAUCCCGUCCUUGUGCCUUGGAGCGAUCAUGGGCCGUAUCGUGGGCAUAGGAAUGGAACAACUUGCCUAUAAUUAUCCUCACAUAUGGAUGUUCAGUGAGGAGUGUUCUACAGGUGUCGACUGUAUUACGCCGGGAUUAUAUGCAAUGGUCGGGGCCGCCGCAGUUUUAGGAGGUGUGACCAGAAUGACGGUCUCGCUGGUUGUCAUUAUGUUCGAAUUAACCGGCGGCGUGCGGUACAUCGUUCCUCUGAUGGCCGCGGCCAUGGCGAGCAAAUGGGUUGGCGACGCCCUCGGGAAGCAGGGCAUCUACGACGCGCAUAUCGGCUUAAACGGUUAUCCGUUUCUGGACAGUAAGGACGAAUUUCAGCACACCACUCUGGCGGCGGACGUCAUGCAGCCCAAACGAAACGAGGCUCUUCAUGUUCUCACCCAGGAUUCCAUGACGGUUGAAGACGUGGAGAAUCUGCUUAAGGAAACCGAGCACAACGGUUUUCCUGUUAUAGUUUCUAAAGAAUCUCAGUAUCUCGUCGGUUUCGUUUUACGGCGGGACCUCAAUCUAGCCAUUGCUAACGCCAAGAGGAUGAUCGAAGAGAUCACCCGGCAAUCGUUGGUUAUAUUUACCAAUGGAAACAAUAUCCAGAGCCAUUCGCCUCCGCCUUUAAAAUUGAAGAAGAUCUUGGACAUGGCUCCCAUCACUAUCACAGACCAAACUCCCAUGGAAACAGUAGUAGAUAUGUUUAGAAAAUUGGGAUUACGUCAAACUCUAGUUACACAUAACGGGCGACUUUUAGGUGUAAUUACGAAGAAGGACGUUUUGAGGCACGUGAAACAGCUAGACAAUGAAGAUCCGAAUUCCGUUUUAUUUAAUUAAACACCGUCGGAUAAUGUUGGAUUAUCAAUUUGUGAGUUAGCAUAAUAUAACGAACUAUACAUGUACGCAGAGAUAAUUUAUAUGAAUUUAAUUGAAACGUAUUUUACCUACUUCGUCAAUCUAUCUGCACACACAUUUAAAUUAUUACGAUAUUGUAUGUAGUAUCAAGGAUAGGCUUAGAUUGUUAAAUUUCUAUUUAUAUCUCCUUUGGAAUGAGAGAGAGAGAGAGAGAGAGAGAGAAAAAACAAGAAA